CAAACAUCCGUAUACUGUUAUUCUUUUCCAGAAAUAGUUAGCUAUUAUUCUCACCUUUAACAUUGAUUUCUGGUUCUGCAUUUCAAAUGGAGGAAACCGGUGAAGCACUGGUCCGAAGUUCGAUACCAGAGACGCAGAAUGACAGACCGAAGAGAAAGGCAAACAAGAAGAGGAAGUUCGAUGAUGAUGAGACGUCCCCCGAGAGCAAUAACAAUACCAAUUCAAGGCCUGGACUGAGAAGAGGGAGUUCCUUCACCUUCCUCACCCCUGGACCUCAGUGGGACUUCAGUCUAAAGCGGAGGCGCAGAGAGAAGGAUGUCUCUGAUGCAGUCAGCCUGUGCAGCUUUGACUUGAAGGAACCCAGCAACAAGCGUGUCCGUCCUCUCGGCAGGGUGACCUCGCUGGCUAACCUCAUCUCCCCCGUGAAGAAUGGGGCCGUCUGGCGCUUCGGCCAGACCAUCCAGUCCAUGUCCUUCCGGGGCGAUGGCAAUGGUGGCAAGACGCCGGGCGUGCCCCAGAAGCCAUGCAGCAAGGCGGCGGUGCCCACGCCGCCCAAGAGACGCAACAGCACGCUGUGGUCGGAGACAUUAGACGUCCACCAGAAGGGCACCUUCUCCACCAAGGAGAUCAAGAGACAGGAGGCCAUAUUUGAGUUGACUCGUGGAGAACAGGACCUGAUUGAGGACCUCCAGCUCGCACGCAAGGCGUACCACGACCCCAUGCUGAAGCUGAGUAUCAUGUCGGAGGAGGAGCUGACCCAUAUCUUCGGGGACCUGGAUGCCUACAUCCCCCUCCACGAGGACCUGCUGGCCCAGCUGGCCAGAGCCACCGGCCCUGACGGCACCGUGGGACAGAUAGGACAGAUCGUCGUCAGCUGGUUGCCAGGGCUGAAUGCAUACCGAGAUUACUGCAGUAACCAGGUGGCGGCCAAGGCCCUGUUGGACCAGAAGAAACAGGACCGGAGGGUGCAGGACUUCCUGCAGCGCUGCCUGGAGUCUCCCUUCAGCAGGAAGCUGGACCUGUGGAGCUUCCUGGACAUCCCCCGCUCCCGUCUGUUCAAAUACCCCCUCCUGCUCAGAGAGAUCCUCAAACACACAGCGCCCGAGCACCCCGACACGCCCCGCCUGGAGCAAGCAAUCACCAUCAUCCAGGGUGUGUUGUCUGACAUCAACAUGAAGAAGGGGGAGUCAGAGAGCCAGUACUACAUAGACAAACUGGAGUAUCUGGACGACAGGCAAAGAGACCCGCGCAUCGACCAGUGCAAGAGUCUGUUGUGUCACGGCGAGCUACGCAACAAGAGCGGAACAAAGCUGCACGUGUUCCUGUUCACAGAGCUGUUGGUGAUGACCAGGUCUGUGACGAGGAACGAGCACCACUGUUUCCAGGUGUACCGGCAGCCAAUCCCGGUGCAGGACUUGGUGCUGGAGGACCUACAGGAUGGAGACGUCAAGAUGGGUGGCUCCUUCAGAGGAGCAUUCAGUAACUCAGACAAAGCCAAGAACAUCUUCCGUGUGCGUUUCCAUGACCCGUCUCAGGGCCAGUCCCACACGCUACAAGUCAAUGACGUCUUCCACAAGCAGCAGUGGCUCAACUGCCUGCGCAGCGCCAUCUCCGUCCACCACCCCGCGGACGCCGCUGUCACCACACCCGCCUCCUCCCCGGCAGCCGACGCCCACUCCAAGCGGCGCUCCUCCAAAAUCUCCGCCAUCAUCCACAUGGAGGAGGCCGAUGAGAACUGCCCUCUGAUGCCCGCAGGUCCAACGUCCACCCCCAGUUCGCCAUGCGGGGACGAGACCCCCAGCCCCACCUCAACGUCUCCCUCCUCCCGCUCCUCAUCCUCCUCUUCAUCACCACUAUCCUCCCCGUCGCCCAAACACAAAACCAAAAAGGACAAGCGCUCCCUCUGUGCCUUAGGGAAGAGGAAGGAGACCAUGGUGUAAUUAGAGGAGGGGAGAAAAUGGACUCCGAGCGGACAAUAUGGGCGAGCGGACAAUAUGUUUGUACAUAAGGGGGGCUGGGUGUCCCCCUCCCGUGGGACUUUUAUUUAUGUGUCUGUUUAUUAUUACAACAGUGUUUUGUGUUACUGUCCCCAUUGGCAGCUAUUUACUUUACCCUUCCAUCCCUCCACUGUUUGGUUCUGUCCACAAAGGGGCUAAGUGCAUACCAUUCAGUAUUCUGGAGAGGCCUGCUUGGCUUUCACUAAUUAUAUAAGGGAAGCAUGACAAGAAGCAAACACACUCAUGUGUUGGAGAGAAGUCGUGCAUCUAGUCCUGUUUACUGUUUGAUUUGUAUUAAAACAUUAUUUUAGAAUCAUUUAAAAAAAUUAAACUUUAACUCCUUUUAUUUUAUUUUCUCAAUCUGAAUCUUACUGUAGCUCUAUGUUUUAAAACAGCACUGUUUAUAGCUUUUAGCUGAAGUUAUUUAAAUGUUUUUGGGGAUGUGGAGGUGGAUAGAAGGGAAGAGUUCCCACAAAAGAUGAGAUGCAUACGAAACUGAAAACUAUAAUUGUCUCUGUAAGUCCGAUUCAUAGCUGUAAUGGAGGACAGGUCUUAUUUUUGUACAUUCCUAAUAACAGAUUUUUUAUGAUCCGCCCACCUUUUUGCAUCUACUGCAGUUAAAGGCAUUCAUUUUAAUCAAAUCGCAUUCAAUUGUAUGUAUUUUUUUUAAAUUGAACAAAACACAUUGCUACAGAAUGUAGUAAUGCCAUGUAAUUUGAUGUCAACGCAUAUCAAAUGAGGUAUUUUGUUUUACUACAAUGUAAAAACAAUUUAAACUGAGCCAUGUUGGUUUAAAAAGCUGACUCUUCCAAAUGAAAAUUGAUCACUUUUCAAUGUAGCAAUCUUGCACGGAGCUUUAGUUGUUGACACUACCACUGCCCGGCCACAGUAGUGGCAGCAGCAUAUACAUGCUUAUCUGAUGGGUUGGGAUCUACUGAGGAGAUGAUCUAUAGCUGAAAGAAACCACAAAGAUGGGUUGAAAAAAGCAAGAGUAUGUUAGCAGAAGGCUUGAGAGAUGUGGAAAAAAAUAGGGAAAUGUUGAAUGUGUUGGAACUGAGAAGUUGGGGUUUUUGUUUCAAGGUGUGUCUAGCCACGCAAUGAUAGUUCUGAGUGAGCUGUGAUGUGGUGCCUUGUCAAAAAUGGAGGUUUGAGGCACUGGUCAAAAGCCAGUGAGAGAAAUUUUAAAGAAAGACUAUGUAUGUUGGAGGGAGAAAACAGAUGAAGGUGUUUUGAAAGUGUUGAAGAAGGAAAAUAUGAGUGUAGAUGUUUGACUGUACUGAAAAGUAAAGGGCUAUGUGAUAUGACUGCCAUGGCCUGCAUGUAUGUGGUGUAAAAACAACACAAAAAUCUAUAAUAAAGAUCUGUGUAAGAUUUGCAUCUGA